GGUACGUAACACUCCCAUCCAGUCGAAUGCCGAACAUGCUGAUGUCGCAGUUCCUGAAGUAGCACCAGCCCCUGCGACAAGAUCUCGCGGGCGUCCCCGUCGAGUACCACUGGAAGCUCCCAUCCAGCUGAAUGCGGAACUAGCUGAUGAGGCAGUUCCCCAAGCGGCAGCGGCAGAGAUACCGCAGGCGCCACAACUAGUGCCACCAGAACAGAUUGCACCUCAUCCACGAGUGGCAAUUGACGACACACCGGUUCCUUUGAGGAGGGACCAAGAACAUCCACGCCGAGGUACACUGCAAGCUCCUAUCCAGCCGAAUGCCGAACAUGUUGAUGUCGCAGUUCCUGCAGUAGCACCAGCUCCUGCGACAAGAUCUCGUGGGCGUCCUCGUCAAGUACCACUGGAAGCUCCCAUCCAGCUGAAUGCGGAACUAACUGAUGAGGCAGUUUGCGACACGGCAGCGGCAGAGAUACUGCAGGCCCCACAACUAGUUCCACCAGGACAGAUUGCACCUCAUCGCCGAGUGGCACUCGACGACGCACCGGUUCCUUUGAGGAGGCACCAAGAACAUCCACGCCAGGGUACACUGCAAGCUGCCAUCCAGCCGAAUGCCGAACAUGUUGAUGUCGCAGUUCCUGCAGUAGCACCAGCUCCUGCGACAAGAUCUCGUGGGCGUCCUCGUCAAGUACCACUGGAAGCUCCCAUCCAGCUGAAUGCGGAACUAACUGAUGAGGCAGUUUGCGACACGGCAGCGGCAGAGAUACUGCAGGCCCCACAACUAGUUCCACCAGGACAGAUUGCACCUCAUCGCCGAGUGGCACUCGACGACGCACCGGUUCCUUUGAGGAGGCACCAAGAACAUCCACGCCAGGGUACACUGCAAGCUGCCAUCCAGCCGAAUGCCGAACAUGCUGAUGUCGCAGUUCCUGCAGUAGCACCAGCUCCUGCGACAAGAUCUCGCGGGCGUCCCCGUCGAGUACCACUGGAAGCUCCCAUCCAGCUAAAUGCCGAACUAGCUGAUGAGGCCGUUCCUGACAUGGCAGCGGCAGAGAUACUGCCGGCCCCACAGCUAGUUCCACCAGAACAGAUUGUACCUCAGCCUCAGGUGACAUCUGGUGAGGCACCGGUUCCUUUGAGGAGGCACCAAGAGCAUCCACGCCUAAGAACACUCCCAGCUCCUAUGCGAAGAGCUGCCGAACCAGUUGAUGAUGCACUUCCAGAAGCGCCAGAGCCAGCGGCCCUCGGGGACAUUGCACCACGGGACCAUGCGGUACCUCGCGGAGCAGCUAUGGAGGUAGAGGGGAAUGGAGAACCACCCAGGAAAAAGAAAAAACCAGACGAGGCGGAAAACAACAUCGUAAGAAAAUUAUAA